UCUGAUUCAUUCUUCCACUUCAAAGCAAAGCGCACUCCUUUCUUCCGAGCCGCUCCAUCACUUCUCCUGAUCUAGCAAGAUCAGUCGGUGCAAUUGAGCUCGGAAGAUUGGGAGAAGUAGCAGCGUCUUGGGUGGUGGUGCGGAGCUCUACGUUCGCCUCCGACAUGCCCGCUUAUUGUCCUGCUGCUGCGAGCCAACGCGAAGUUGUCGCCACUGCCGCCUCCGCCCGCGAAGGCAGACCGCCUCUGACGGAGCAGAUCGUCGGCGUGUGGCUCGACAGACUCCUCGUAUUCUGCCUCGUCUGCAUCCUCUUUCCCAAUCGCUAAUUGUAUAGCAGCAUGGGGCUCAGCUCUAAGCUCGCCUCCCCCGACGUCGACGCCCUCCUCUGUUCUCAGGAUUUGCUGGAGAUCCCGAAACCCACGAGCCAAGCGAGGAACUACAGCCACCAGCAGCAGCAGAGGCCGCCUCCGCCGCCGCACUGGCCGCCGUUGAAGUGUCCUCGCUGCGACUCCACCAACACCAAGUUCUGCUACUACAACAACUACAGCCGCACGCAGCCGCGCCACCUCUGCAAGGCCUGCCGCCGCCACUGGACGCAGGGCGGAACGCUCCGCAACGUGCCCGUCGGUGGCUCCCGCGUCGGCAAGAACAACAACAAGCGAGUGCCCAAGCCUACUCCAACCCCGCCGGCUGCCGCCGCGUCAUCCAGCAGCGCGCCGAUUCCGUUUCUCUUUCCCGACAUCCCCCGGCAGGCUCUCCUUCAAUCGCCGCCUCCCGCCACGCUGCAACUGGCUGCAUCGGAUUACACCGCCAACUUGGCACCGCAGAUUACUACAGAGUUUGAUCUCGUGAUGAACUCGUGCGGAUGCAGCAACUGCUACUACGGGGGAUGGCAAGCGGGGCAGGUGUCGGCGAUGGCGACGGGCACUAGUGGCGGCAUGGAUCAUUCCGGCGCCGACUACUGGAGUGGUUGGGAUGACGAAGUGGACGGUUGUCCGUAGCUGCAUGCCUUUCCCUUGAGCUUUAUAAAUUAUCUCUGUCCAUUAGAGCAGUUUGUGUUGCGUGUGUGUGAAUGAUGGUGAUGGACGUUGGCUCGCAGCUUGCGAUCUGACAGUGUGACUCCUCGUCUCGUGACUUUGUGUGUGUUUGUGUUGUUCCAAACGUGAUCAAAAUAAAUAAAUUAGAAAAAAUCCAACUAUUUACAGUUAUAUUUUACUAGAAAAA